GCUUCUGAUGACAGCACAGGGCCUGGACAGCGUAGUCUUUCCGGGGUUCAAAUAAGAAGUCUAUGUGCUCGAAGAGAGACGAAGACCACCGAUGAUAAAUUGGUAGUUUAUCUAUGCAACGUUUGCAUUAACCUCAGGCGCACCGCUUUUCAAAGAAACAUCCACUGCGGCACGGCACCAAGGAUUUCAGUGACUUAACUACUAACGUUACAGGGUUACAACGGCUAACUGUUCACAGCUAAAUAGUUAGCCACGGCCGCAGACAGGUAUGUCUGAAGUUAGUCUUGAGGCUGAAUCGGGGAAGACCUCCGCCGAGGACCCUCAGAUGGUUUGCGGUGAAGCUGACAAAGCAGAGGGGAGUUUGAGUCAGGAUGUAAAUCAGGAGAGUGUAGAUAGCAGUAAGGGAUCAGACGAUGGAGAUGAAGUGCUGUAUGACAUUGAUAUUGACAGUGCUGAAGAAAAUCCAGAAAACAGUGACGAGGAUGUUCAGAAGGAGGAUGAGAGCGUUCAGAGCGAGAGUGUAGUGACAUGCUGUGCCAGUGAGGCUUCACACAUGUCUGACAGUGUAGACAAUGGGGGACAUGAGGCAAAUCACCAUGGUGAAACAGCUGAAACACCAGAGGAAAGUGGAGAUUCUCACACUGAAACAAAGGAAGGCACAAUGGCUGAGGAGUCGCAUAGAAGCUCAGCUGCUGAGAUCCCAGUCACGAGCAAUGGAGACCUGGAUCAGGGCCCUGAGACGGUAUUCCAGAGGGACUCUUACCCCAGUGGCCCUGGGGGCCUAAACCUAUCAGAGUCCUGUGUCACCUCCAGCAACUUUGCUUCAACAACAGAGGGCAUCAUUGAAUCAGGACCUUACAAAGGGUCAGCAAGCCUGCCCGCGACUCCCGUGGCACCUAUAGCUCCCAGCUCGGCUGUUGCUAGCCGCCUGGCACGCUCUUCCAGCGAUAGUCAGGCUGAGAAAGGCAUGAUGAAACCACAGCCACAGAGUGGAGCAGUGGUCCUUUCAGAUGACUUAAAGAACCCAGCUAUGGAAAAAUUGGACCUUGUGAGAAAGUGGAGCAUCAACACAUAUAAAUGUACCAGGCAGAUCCUGUCAGAGAAGCUGGGUCGGGGCUCGAGGACUGUAGACAUGGAGCUGGAGGCUCAAAUUGAAGUCCUCCGUGACAAUAAGAGAAAGUACCAGCAUGUAAUCAAGCUGGCUCAGACGCUGGCCAAUCAGCUGUCCCAGAUGAUGCAGACGCAGAGGCAGCUGGGUGACGCCUUUGCCGACCUGAGCCUCAAGUCACCAGAACUCCAUGAGGAGUUUGGCUACAACGCUGACACCCAAAAGCUUUUGUCCAAAAAUGGAGAGACACUGCUGGGUGCGAUCACUUUUUUCAUCUCAAGUGUUAAUACACUCGUGGACAAAACAAUCGAAGACACCAUGCUUAAUAUCAAACAGUAUGAAUUUGCCAGGGUUGAGUAUGAUGCGUACCGUACAGACUUGGAGGAGUUAAAUCUGGGGCCACGUGAUGCCACCACCAUGACCAAGAUUGAGCUGUCCCAGCAGCAGUUCCAGAUCCACCGCGAGAAGUAUGAGAGGAUGAGAAACGACGUCUCCAUCAAGCUGAAGUUCCUGGAAGAGAACAAGGUGAAGGUAUUGCAUAACCAGCUCAUCCUGUUCCACAAUGCUAUAGCUGCGUACUACGCUGGAAACCAACAGCAGCUAGAAGAGACACUCAAGCAGUUCCAUAUCAAGUUGAAAAUGCCAGGUGGGGACAGUCCAUCUUGGUUGGAAGAGCACUAAUUACUCCUUCUGAAGCCCCUGUGGCUCAGUUUGACAGGAAAUGUCAAAUUCUACAGAAACUACAGGAACCCCUCUCCUCCUUUCAGCUCUGUCACUGCCUUUCAAACUUUCAGAAUUGUAAAUCUUUUAACUCAAUACAGAAAAUUGUGGGGGGGGGGGCUCUUACAAUCCAUUUUACUCUUGAUGUUAAAUCAUACUUUUCAUCUUGCAGUUAUUUCAAAUAAUAGGAAAUGCACUUUUGUACUGUUUGACAAAUCUAUUGAACAGGAGUUGCUGCAGUAAAGACAUUUGGAAACUCUAAAUGGCCUUUUGUAUUCCAGCAUAUGAAUGUUUUAUCUCAGCACGGCGUACAUGUUGGCUCUGUAAGGGCAGCUAUGGGAUCAAAAUUACAUUAUUCACAUUAUUCUUGUCAGCUGACUGAGAUGGGGGAUAAAUGCUUUAUGAAAGUGUAAUCGGGAAGCUUCACGAGACUCUGAACAUGAAUUCUCAUGAUUUGACACCUGCUGUGAUAAACGGGGCAAAAUGGCAUUCAGAUUUCAAGAUCUUGCGAAUGCAAACUGGCCACUGUUAUAUGUAAACUGUUCAAAGUGAGUAAAGACAUUUUGGGUAACGCUUAUUUGCUUGGAUGCUGAGGGUUAGAUGAGAACUUCAACACCACUCUUAUCUGUGUAUAUAUAAGGCCGCUUAGCUUAGCUUAUGGUAAAGACUUGACACGGGGAAAAGAGCUGGUCUGGCUUUGUCCAAAGGUAAAAUAUUCUGACUACCAGCACCUCUGAAUUUCACUAAUACAAAAACCAAAGUGUAAAAACAAAUCAAGUUGUGGCUUUAUGAGAGGUUAUGUGCCUCAGGAUAGAGCCAGGCUAGUUGCUUCCAGCUCAUUCCAGUUUUUAUGGCUACGGUAAGCUAACCAGCUGCAGGCUGUAGCCUCAUACUUAAUACACCUAACUGUCAGCAAGAAAACAAAUAAGAGUAUUUACCAAAAUGUUAAACUUUUUAAGCCUUUUAAAUUGAUAAUUAAAAAUAAUAUUGAUGGCCGUUCACAACAAAUCCUGCAUGUUGUGAUAUGAUACAUGAUACUACUUUUAAUCGAUCCCCCCCCCACUCUACAUUCAUGACACACGACUGGAUGCGUUAAAGUGUUGAUUCUUUUAAAUUCCAGAAAAUGAAGGACUAGCCUUAUGUGACUAAAUGUGCCUUGAUUUCUUUAUUUGUUCUCUUCCCCUCCGAACUAUGAAAUCUGGUCUUGCUGUUGAAAAACAGGCGCACUCACUACCAGUUUCCGGGACCAACUCUUGAAGAAAGAGAACCGACCCAAACACACAUGCACACACACACACACACACUCAGAGGACGUACAGUAGAGCCUGUACAACUUUACCUGUUGAUACACUCCACACAACACAAACGAUAGCUGUAUUUAAAAAGAAAUACUCCAUUAACUUCAGAAAGUCUAAAUUAAUAUUAAGACUUGAUGUUCUCAGAUACGUUUAUCCAUAUUGCACAUUUAUGCAUUUGAGACAAGUUACAAAAAAAACUUGCAAGAAUUGUAUAAUAUGUAAGGUGAAAACCAAAAUGCGAUUAACUUGAGAAACUUUUUGUCUUUUGUAAAAUUUAAAGACCAGCAUCCUUUGCCUGAGCUGCUAACAGUUUCAUUUCAUCAGGCUAGAAAAAAGCAUAUUUUUCAAAGACGACAUAUUGUAUGCUGGUAUUGAUAACCAGCUGUCAUGUGUCUCCACUUUGUUGAUUUGUACUUCCUAUUGCUCACCAUAGCAAAUUGAGAGUGUGAAUCUUGUACAACAAUCUGUUGUUUCCCUGAAAUAGAUAUAUAUUUCUAUUUUACCUUGAUUAUGUAGUCUAUGACCAAUGCUGCCAUUUGGCUUUGGGUUUUUUUUCCCUUAAGACCUACAGACGGAUGUGCUAGUACUAGUAUGUGCUAGUGGAUCUCUACCUUUUGUAAUAAUGAAACAUUAACAAAUGUUGAGUUAAGAAAGGAUUCUGAAUGUUGUGUAACCUCUUUGGGGAAAAAUAAAAGUUUCUUUUCUCUAA